AUGACGAGAUUAGAUACCAUGCUCGGCUGUAUCCCCGCCACCUCUGUACACUACACUUUCCACUUCCACAGCCCAACUGGAAGCAUUCACACGUCCGAGGAUGACAACGAUGGAGCAACAAUCAACUCCCAGCCAAGAACAUCCUCCUGGCCAAGAGCAAACCCCGAUCAAGAACGGAUCAUUCACUCUUUGUUCGACCGCAAGGUCGUCCGACUGAACGACAGUCUGGUCGUGAAACCAGGUCCGAAUCUCCGCAUCCAUGAAGUACACAAUCUUGGCUUCAUUGCAAAAAACACCACAAGCCCAGUGCCCAAGGUUCAUGGUAUCUAUUGGGGAAACGGCAAGAUGACAGCGUUCGUGAUGGAUUACAUGCCUAGCAAACAACUUGACGAAGCAUGGGACUCAAUGAGCUCGGGUGAUUAUACUGGGGCUGUGGAUCGUGGGAAAGCUAUGAUCGGACGAACUUGCUCUAUUGAAUGCGGUCCCUUCGACUCGGAGCGGGCAUUCAAUGAGUUCCUCUUAGAGGACCUCGUUGGCAAAGCACCGGAUCUAUUGCGGCACUACGCUAAACACGCGCUUAUGGAGGGCCAUGAUAUUGUUUUCACCCAUGGGUAUUUCGCCCCCCGAAAUAUUCUCGUCGAUGAAAGCGGCCGCGUGACAGCCAUCCUUGACUGGGAAUAUGCUGGUUGGUACCCCGAGCACUGGGAAUAUAUCAAGGCUAUGCAGCGUCUCGUCCCAAUGCCAGGCUGGCCCGACUACCUGUCUCGCAUUCUACCCCCGCGAUAUGAGCAAGACAUUAUUCUUCUUACCAUGCCAUCCACGCUCCGUCAGACUGCUCUCACAUUUAUCGACGGGUUUAAAAGCCUCUCGGCAGAUUCCUUCCUUGCCGUUCUGGCCCCCACAUCAAUCCAUAAAUUCGCACCGUCAUCGAUCUCCGUUCCGCCCGAUCUGGACCCGAACACGUUUGCACAUCACGUCCAAAACCUGAGAAACGUCCUCUCAGGUUUUCCCGUCUUUCCUAAAGAGAUCUUCGAAAACGAAGAAAAGCGCCAGGUGACGGUCUGGGCAACUAGUUUAGCAAUCUUUCGCGAUGAGGUGAAAGACAAAGCUCUCUCGGAUGAGGAGUGGGCCUAUCGAGGGGAGUACAUCUUUAUUUUUACCAUGGAUGAGAGUCGGGAGAAGAUCGUCAAUAUCCUGGAGUUUGUCGAUAGCAAGGGCACCGAGAGACUCCGGGAGCUGAUGGCUCGAGCGAGGAGGAAGCUGGAGAACUUGGAGAAACAAUGA